AAUGUCGAUGUUUGCUCAAGUUCAGUCAAGUGCAGGACAAGCUAACAAUGUCGGAUUAUAUGAGGAGGUAAAGCUGUACAGGACAGCCAGAGAGAGAGAAAAGUAUGACAACAUGUCAGACCUAUAUGCUGUGAUCAAUACACUGCAGAGUCUACAGAAGGCCUACAUCAGGGAUGCUAUCCUCCCAAAGGAGUACACUGCAGCAUGUUCCCGGCUACUGGUUCAGUACAAGGCUGCAUUCCGACAGAUACAGAGUGAUUUCCCGACUAUAGAAGACUUCCUCAAGAAAUACAGAUUAGAUUGUCCUCUGGCUCUGGAGAGAAUCAAGGAGGAUCGACCUAUCACAACUAAAAAAGAAACAGGAAGCGAAAGCAAAUGUAUUGCAGACAUUGUGUCGCUGUUCAUCACUGUCAUGGACAAACUUCGCCUGGAGAUCCGCGCUAUGGAUGAGAUCCAGCCCGACCUGCGUGAGUUGAUGGAGACAAUGUCACGGCUCAGUAUUCUACCUGAUGACUUUGAAGGCAAGAAAAAUGUCGAAACUUGGCUGGACACACUGAGUGCCAUGCAGGCUUCGGAGGAACUGAACGAUGGACAAGUACGACAGAUGUUGUUUGACUUAGAAUCAGCUUAUAAUGCAUUCAACCGAGUCCUACACGAUCAUUAAGACCCUGGACAGCUUGUUGGAUUGUCUGUUUUACCAAAUUCUGUGAUUGUGUUUUCAUCAUGGGAGUCAGUGUCAGCAUGCGGCUAAAAUGGCAUGGAGGAAAUGAGCGUGGUGAUGUCCACAUAUGUAUUGUAAUAUUUUUCGCUUUGACAUUCUGAUCUGAUUUUUAGGGGCAAAAAAUCAAUUGAACUAAAGAAAAGAUUCUGGCCUUAUCACCUAUGACACUGAACAGGAUAGUCUGCCUUUUGAAUAUCAGGGACUAAAAACAAGGAACAAAAUGUCCAUGCCAUUGAUUAAACGAUUUACAGCACAUUCUGGUUGGGUAAGAUUUUUUGUACUGUCUGUAUAUAAUCUCUAUAACCUGCAUGUCAAUAUGUAAAUAGGAUGUACAGUCAUGAGCUCAUUUGUCAACAUCAUCAGUGGCCAUUUGAUGUCUUUCACCGCAAGCCAUCACAAGCACAAUGCAAGUAAAUGAAAUAGUCGUCAAACUUAGAUUUGAGAUGGGGAUGUAUGUAAGUGAUGUAAAAUCAGAAAGGCUGGGGAUAGACAGCAAAUCCAACUCAUUUUGAACAUCAAGUAUUAUUCUAAAAAAUAGUGGGAUGUAUAAAAUUGAUUAUUAUGUGAUUAAUGGAAGGUCAGGUAUUUGUGGGACAUGGCAGUGUAUGCAAUAAGGCCCGUCCGACAGCCUGAGACGGGCUAGAUUACUGCCGGGCGGCCUAAUUUUAAAGCUAGCCAGCCCGAUGGACGGGUUAAAAAAAUAUUCAGAUGUGUCCACUGGCACUGUCUAUUUAGUACUUAAGGACUGGUUAAAUCUCUUCUGGUCUCGCAAGCCCAGAUGUCUGGCUGGGUUUUUGGCUUAUUUCAUACACUGGACAUGGUUUCCAUCUUGUUUUUACCUACAUCUUGGCUCGAGAAUAUUUUCCUAGUCAUGCCCUUCUGUCCAUGUCUGUGCCACAACCUGAGGAAUGCAGGGUUGCCAAUUCAUGGUCAGUCCUUCUGUUUAUCCAUGAACUCACAUUGAUUUUCAUAGUAAACAAAACAAUCUUAAAAUUAAUUACCUUGAGUUGUAAAAUUUUGUGUUGAGGUAUAUGUUCAGAUAUUUGCCCAAACCAGUAUCAAGAAUGUAUGACUUCCAACGAGUAUUUCAGUUUUGCCUUCAUAAAGUGUUCAUAGUUGUGGGUGAGUUCCCAAUGUUUGCACCUGUACAUGGAUGUAUCUAUUGAAGUUAAUAUCACAGAAGGAUUUGUUGACAGUUUGUAAGAUAUGAUUAAAUGAAAUAAACAUUUAAUAUUUGUGA